GGUCGCGCACACAGUACCUGGUCAAACAGAAGAUCCCCCGCAAGUAUCUGCUGUUACAGAACAUCGUGCGAGAGUUGGCGGUGGAGCGGGUCAACGCCGCCAAGGAACCGGUGCUCAACCGAUCCAAGUACACGCUGUGUGUCCAGAACAAGAUGAUGGAGAAGGGCGUGACCUUCAGAGAUGUGGAGGAGCUGGAGCAAGCCACGAGGUUCCUGCACGAGAACGGCGUACUGUUUCACUACGACGACCUUGCCCUGAGAGACCUGUUCUUCCUGGAUCCCCAGUGGCUCUGUGACCAGCUGGCCAAGGUCAUCACGGUCAGGGAGAUCAACAGCUUCGCUCAGAGAGGUCAGAGGUCACUGUGUUGUUGUUGUUGUUGA